AUGGAGGAAAUGGACAAGCAGCCCUGCGGCAGUGACAAAGAGGAACCUUUCAAAAGAGAACUGCCAUACUGUAUAGGAGAAAUAGACUUCACAGCCGCUGGGAAGAAACGUGGAAAGUUCAUUAAGGUGCCAUGUACCAUUCAUCCUGGAAUUAUAUUUGAAGUUAUGCUGAAUACAUGGAAGUUACCUGCUCCCAAUUUGGUUGUCUCUCUAGUAGGGGAAGAAGAAAAUUUCCAGAUGAAGCCUUGGCUACGAGACACCUUAAAAAAAGGACUUAUAAAGGCAGCUCAAAGCACAGAUGCCUGGAUUUUUACCAGUGCUUUACGUGCGGGAAUAACAAGACAUUUAGUACAAGCAGUCAGAGAUCAUGCACUGGCUAGUACUUCAUCCAAAGCAAGAGUGAUUGCCAUAGGAAUAACUUCACUCAGAAAAAUUCAGCACAGAGAAAUUCUGGACAACACAAAGAAUGAGAGUCUUGUACACUACCAAUCAGAUGAUAAUAUCCAAAGCCCACUGUAUUCCCUGGACCACAACCAUUCCCAUUUUAUUUUGGUGGAUCACAUAACACCAGAUGAGCCAGAUGGAACCACUAAACUACGUCUCACCUUGGAAAAGCAUAUUUCAGAGCAGCGUACCGGGUAUGGUGGAACAGGUAGCAUUGAGAUCCCUGUGCUUUGCUUACUGGUAAAUGGAGGACCAGGCACACUUGAGAGAAUUUGCAGUGGUUUGGAAAAUUCUGCUCCCUGGCUUAUCUUAGCAGGGUCUGGAGGUACAGCUGACAUCCUAGCUGCAUUCAUGAAUGACCCGCAGCUUAUCACACCAGAAGCUGUUGAAAAGCAAUUUAAGGAAAAAUUCCCUUCAGAAAGCUUCUUGAGGAAGGACGUUCUCCAAUGGACAGCAACAAUUCAGAACAUUAUUUCACAUCAACAUCUUCUAACUCUGCACAACUUUGAGCAAGAUGGCUCAGAAGAACUAGACACAGUCAUUUUAAAAGCUUUAGUAAAAGCCUGUAAAAGUCACAGUCAGGAGGCUCAGGAAUAUCUGGAUGAACUGAAGCUGGCAGUGGCCUGGAAUAGAGUGGACAUAGCUAAAAGUGAAAUAUUCAACGGUGAUGUGGAGUGGAAGUCCUGUGACCUGGAAGAAGUGAUGAUGGAUGCUUUGGUCAAUGACAAACCAGAAUUUGUAAAGUUAUUUAUUGACAAUGGAGCUAACAUAUCCGAAUUCCUGACAUACAGUCGUCUGCAGAGACUCUACUGUUCCAUUUCUCAGAAAUGUCUUCUCUAUGAGCUUCUACGGAAGAAACAUGAGGAAAGCAAGCUGACCUUGUCAGGGCUCACUGGUCAACAGCAUAAGGAGCAGAAAGAGAUCUGUCCACUCUUCACUCUUAGUGAGGUCUCUAGAGUUCUCAAGGAUUUUCUCCAUGAUGCCUGCAAAGGUUUCUAUCAAGACGUCACACAUCGAGGCAAGAAGAAAUGUGAUAAAAUGAAUACAAAGCGAUUACCCGAGUCCCUGGAUAUGAACCAGAAAAGUGAAAAUCCUUGGAGGGAUUUGUUUGUAUGGGCAGUACUUCAAAACCGGCACAAGAUGGCAAACUAUUUCUGGGCUAUGCUCGAUCAGAGGGAUGACUCUGCAAUCCAGCCUCCUCAGCUUACGUGCCGUAUGUGUAGCGAACGGCAGCAAGCACGCUCAAAGGCCGAGCUUCAAGCUGGCAGAAUUGGCUCCUGUUUUACAACACUCCACAACCGAGGCCUGCUGCUGACUCGCCACUCUCGGCCUCAGGUUUUGUUCCUUCCCGCAGGAGGUCAAUUGUUUGGGUUCUAG